CGCCGGGCGCGGUGCAACACGGGACGGGUAGUUCCUGGGCGCGCGCCCGCCGCGCCCGCCGCGCCCUCGCCAGGGAACCGGACUCCAUACCCGGUGGGCCGCGCGCGCACGGGAAGGGGAGGCCUGCCUGGGCUGGAACAAAUCAAAUCGAAGGAAAGAAACUGCCGGCUUUCAAAAUCCUCCUCCUCCGCCAUCAUCCGCCGCCGUGCAGGGAGCAGGUGGUGGUGGAGACGCGAUCGGCAAGCAGUCGGGAGAGCUGACGGGCGAGCGGGCAGGGCGCCUGGGCCUCAGGACUCGGAGGCGGCGACCACCACCUGACCUGACCCGGACCCUGAAUUUGACCCCCGCCCCGCCGGGCGGACGCGAGCUCUUGGGUUGCCCCACGCGGAGGCGCGCCUGUUUACGUUUGUGGAUUUGCAGGGGAACCCACCACCGUGGCCAGCAUGGCCUCUGAAGACAUUGCCAAGCUGGCUGAGACUCUAGCCAAAACCCAGGUGGCCGGGGGACAGCUAAGUUUCAAGGGCAAGAGCCUCAAACUCAACACUGCAGAAGAUGCCAAAGAUGUGAUUAAAGAGAUUGAAGACUUUGCUGGUUUGGAGGCGCUGCGUCUGGAGGGCAACACGGUGGGUGUGGAAGCAGCCAGGGUCAUCGCCAAGGCCUUGGAGAAGAAGACAGAGCUGAAGCGGUGCCACUGGAGUGACAUGUUCACGGGGAGGCUGCGGUCCGAGAUCCCGCCUGCCCUGAUCUCUCUAGGAGAGGGACUCAUCACAGCCGGGGCCCAGCUGGUGGAGCUGGACCUCAGCGACAACGCGUUCGGGCCCGACGGUGUGCGAGGCUUCGAGGCCCUGCUCAAGAGCUCGGCCUGCUUCACCCUUCAUGAACUCAAGCUCAACAACUGUGGCAUGGGCAUUGGUGGUGGUAAGAUCCUGGCGGCAGCUCUGACUGAGUGUCACCGAAAGUCCAGUGCCCAAGGCAAGCCACUGGCCCUGAAGGCCUUCGUGGCUGGCAGAAACCGUCUGGAAAACGACGGAGCCACUGCCUUGGCAGAAGCGUUUGGGAUCAUCGGGACUCUGGAGGAGGUCCACAUGCCGCAGAAUGGAAUCAAUCACCCUGGUGUCACUGCCCUGGCCCAGGCCUUCGCCAUCAACCCCCUGCUGCGAGUCAUCAACCUGAAUGACAACACUUUCACUGAGAAGGGCGCUGUGGCUAUGGCCAAGACGCUGAAGGCCUUGCGGCAGGUGGAAGUGAUCAACUUCGGGGACUGCCUGGUGCGCUCCAAGGGCGCCAUUGCCAUCGCAGAUGCCGUCCGCGGGGGCCUGCCCAAGCUGAAGGAGCUGAACUUGUCAUUCUGUGAAAUCAAGAGAGAUGCUGCUCUGGCCAUUGCUGAGGCCGUGGCAGAUAAGGCCAAGCUGGAGAAACUGGACCUCAAUGGCAACACCCUGGGAGAAGAAGGUUGUGAGCAGCUCCAGGAGGUGCUGGACAGCUUCGGCAUGGCCAAGGUGCUGGCGUCCCUCAGUGAUGAUGAGGGUGAAGAUGACGAAGAGGAGGAGGAGGAGGAAGAGGAGGAGGAAGAAGAGGAGGAGGAGGAGGAGGUGGAGGAAGAGGAAGAAGAGGAGGAGGAAGAGGAAGAAGAGCCACAGCAGCAAGGGCAAGGGGAGGAGUCAGCCACGCCGUGCAGGAAGGUUCUGGAGCCGAACAGUGGGGAGCGAGCCCCCGUGCUGUCCACCCCGCCACCCGCAGACUUCUCCACUUUCCUGGCUUUCCCCUCUCCAGAGAAGCUGCUGCGCCUCGGGCCCAAGAGCUCGGUGCUGAUAGCCCAGCAGACUGACACAUCUGACCCAGAGAAGGUGGUCACCACCUUCCUGAAGGUGUCCUCUGUGUUCAGGGAUGAAGCCACAGUGAGGACUGCUGUGCAGGAUGUAGUAGAUGCCUUGAUGAAGAAGGCCUUCGGCUCAUCUUCCUUCAACUCCAAUGCCUUCCUCACCAGGCUCCUCAUUCACAUGGGCCUGCUUAAGAGUGAAGACAAAAUCAAGGCCAUUGCUAACCUGUACGGCCCCCUGAUGGUGCUGAACCACAUGGUGCAGCAGGACUACUUCCCCAAGGCCCUGGCACCCUUGCUGCUGGCAUUCGUGACCAAGCCCAACGGUGCCCUGGAAUCCUGCUCCUUCGCCCGCCACAACCUGCUGCAGACGCUGUAUAAGGUCUAGGUACAACGCCGGCCUCCCCCGUCCCCUGGCCGAGACCGGUGACUUGGGGAUGGACUCGGAUGAAGGACUCUGGCCAGAGGCAGGGAGGGUCUCUGUCUCAUGUGCCGUGUCGGUCCCCAGAGUAUGUGUGUUGGCGUGGUUCGUGUGCAGGCAUGUGCUUCCUGUUGGGGUUUGGGUUUUCAACGUCUCUCUGCUGGACUGGCCUAGUCCUGUCCCCCUGGAAGGGGACUGGGCCCCCCACUCCCACCCGCUGCCUGGCAAAAGGGCUGCGAGCUGCUCUGCCAUUAAAUUUACCACCACCCGAGGGCGUGCCGCUGGUCUGUGCCUGGCUUGAGGCCCAGGAGGCUGUCGCAUCCACUUUGCCUUCCUCACCCUCCUGGGCGCCGCCACAGCCUGGAGAGUUGCUCUUCCUGUGCUGUCCCCUCCCUCUGUGUUGUGGCUGGGCCACACCUCCCACCCUGCCUGGGGAGGCGCGCUCGGCAGCUGCCUCUGCUUCUGGCCCCUGAGCUCAGGCAGCCACUGCCACCCCAUCAUCCCUGCUGUGCUCACUUCCUGGCCUGAGGGAGAGACGGCCAUGGAUGGGGCCCUGGGGUGCUCAGCGGAAGGCAAGAGCCCUGGUGCCCACACUGUGCGUACAGGAGGAGAAGUCAGUGGGAGAUGCUGAGGAUCUAGGAGCGGUUGUUGCCUGGACGGUGCUACUCCAGACCCGGAGCCUCCCCUGGCUGCUGAGAUGUCUGUGACUACCCCGGGCGCCAAGUUGGAGGGGGGCACGUUGGCCCCAAACAGGCCCAAACUGUUUUCCAGCCUGGGAGGCAGGGGCAGGGCCCGCGGAUGCGUGAGUGCAUCUCGGGCCCUCUCAAAGGACUUGGGCAGGGGCAGCGUGGGGGCCGGGCUGGGGCCGUGCUGGACGCCCUGCGCUUUCCCCUUUGUGCUCUGUGUGUGUCUGGGCCGUGCCCGGGGCUUCACAAAUAAAGUCGUGUGGCAGCUGUG